AUGCUGAAAAACCAACGGGAUACUCUCGAUUCCUCAAUCUUCUAUGGAGACACCUUUGACAGUUAUGAUGCAGGUGGUGGCACUGGCCCCCCGGUCGCAUUCGAUGAGACCGGCAUGCUACUCUCGGUGGACGGGAUACAUCUAGGAAGUCUGGAUGAAUGGCAUCAGUACUAUAACUACAUCAACACGAUCUGCCAAGGGCGAAGGUUUGGCAUUACCGAAGAAGGGCGUUUGGCCCUCGUGCCUGGCCAUACACGGACGGGAGACAAAAUUGCCGUGCUUCUCGGCAGUCGCUUCCCCUUUGUCAUAAGACCGACAGAUCAAGGUACCUAUCGCUUGAUCGGCAGUGCAUUUGUCCUUGGAUUUAUGGAUGGCGGAGCGUUACAGCUGGAAGACCGACAUCGAGAAACCAUGGUUUUUAAGUGA